GCAAAACUCUCUCGUUUUUAAUGAAACAUUCAUUAGAUUGCGAUACAACGAAUUACUACAUCAUAUUUUUUAUACGCAAGAAUAUCAUACUUUUAUGCACAAUAAUAUGGAUCGUAAAAAAUACAAGGAGACUCGAACGUGACUCGCGGCGGCGAAUUUUAUGUCUAACGCCACUCGAAAUUUAUCGAAGAAACGCGAUUCUCGAGAUAUCGAAACCAUCAAGGAAUCUCGAAGUAAAACCGAAAGAGGCGUACUUCAAUACAGGAAUUGAUAGGAAUAAAACUCAAAAUAAAAAUAAUUGCAAUUGGUUAUCUCUGCUAAGUAAACAGCGCGCAUUUACAAGAAGAUUACAAAAAGAUUCAGCGGGCUUGGAGAAGAAAAUAAUGUCGGCCGCAAAGCCAGAAUUAAAGAAUUGGAAGGAAUACAAUCGCAACCGAAAGGAACUUCGAAAGCAGUGGAGGGAAGAGAAACUGGUAAAGAGGACUAAGAAGCAGGAACUCGAAAAGGAAUCGAAGAACGAGUCCAACGAGCACGUGGAAGGAACAAAGCCCGAGCGGAAGGACAUUUGCACUGUGAGCAUCGCUGUACCCGGGUCCAUCCUUGAUAACGCGCAAUCUCCAGAGCUACGAACAUAUCUGGCGGGACAGAUCGCACGCGCAGCAUGUAUCUAUAAAGUAGACGAACUCAUAGUAUUCGAUGACAAGGGUGAUGUUACGGAGAGUGAGAAAAAGAAAAUUAGAAAGGACGAUGCAUUGGGCGAGGGUAGGCCUGGAUGCCUGCAGUUGGCUAGAAUAUUGCAGUAUUUGGAAUGCCCGCAAUAUCUGAGGAAGUAUUUCUUUCCAAUUCAUAAGGAUUUGCAGUACGCGGGUGUGCUGAAUCCUUUGGACGCGCCGCAUCAUCUGAGACAAUCGGACGAGUCUCUGUAUCGAGAAGGAAUAGUCACCAACAAGCCCAUAAAGAUCGGCAAAGGAUCUCAGGUAAAUGUAGGACUUCUAAACGAAAUUCAUGUGGAUAAGGUGCUGAUGCCUGGUUUAAGAGUGACAGUAAAGAUACCAGAGGGGCAACCAAAUCCAAAGAAAUUAAAGGGUAUCAUUGUGCCACCUAAUGUACCACGCACAGAAACUGGAAUCUACUGGGGAUAUACUGUCAAACUAGUUAAGCAUUUGACAGAAGUGCUGACGAAUUGUCAGUAUAAGGGAGGAUAUGACUUGACAAUUGGAACAUCUGACAAGGGAACAUCGAUUGAUGAAAUUGAAGCGAGGAGUUUAGAAUAUCGCCACUGUCUCAUAGUAUUUGGAGGUAUCGCCGGAUUGGAAGCUGCUGUGGAUGUGGACCCGAAUUUAGAUGUCGAUGAUCCAUCCUUGAUAUUUCAUAAAUAUGUGAACACAUGCCCUCAGCAAGGAUCAAGGACAAUCAGAACAGAAGAAGCUAUUCUUUUGACUUUAGCUGAAUUAAGAACUAAACUAGUGUCUAAAGAAAUCAUUUCCUAAAAUAAAUAAUAAUAGAAACAGAUAAGUACUUCAUAUCUUUAAAAUCAUAUUGAAUCUUGUCAUGUUAGCGCUUUUUAUAUCGUAAAUAUAUACAGAUUUUUGUACAUAUAUAUAUAAAAAUGUUAAAUGUUUUCUCAAAAAUAUUUUGACAUAUUAACAAAA